AUGGUGAAGAAAUCAUAUUACAAUUUUGGAAAAGGGUUUAUUCCAGAACAAGUAAUCAUUUGCUCGUUCGAAUCUGCAUUGAAGCAAUUGUGUUCGUUCACAAGAAAAUCCCGUAGGAAAACACCCUGGAAUUCCAUAUUGGAUAUAGGAGAUGUUAAAAUAAGCAUAUCAAUGUACAAAAAGACGGAUCCAAAAAAUUCGAAAAAAUUUGACACGAAAUAUUUAAAAUCAAACGAUGAUGAUGGUGAUGAUAAUCCAACGCAAAAUUAUGAACCAUCGCAAAAUUCUCAAACGGUACCUGUCGUAAGAGAUAAAAUACUCAAUUACAAACCUGAAUCUGUGAAAAAUAAAGAAUUGAUGGAUGUUGAAAUAAGUGAAGAUGAUACUAUCGAAGGUUAUCGUUACGGAACGACCGUUAUUCCAUAUUCAAGAGAUGAUAAAACAAUAAUGGAAUAUAAACCCGGACGUAAAUCGUUGAGCGUCAUCGGAUUUACAAACAUGUCAUCCGUUCCGUAUUAUUUACUAUCCGGAGAAUGUUCUUAUGUCGUCACGGGAAGAGAUAAAGACGAAAAUGCGGAAAUUGCUUUGUCGGCAAUCGUUCAAGCCAUGAAACAAAUGGAAUGCGUUGGAAUCGUUAGAAAAGUUUACAGCGAUGAUCGAGGGUUGUCAUUGGGUAUACUUUAUCCUUUCGUCGAAGAAAUUUAUUCGAACGAUAAUGAUGAUGAUGAUGGCGACGUUUUUUCUAAAGAAUGUCUUUUAUUUGUCGAAUUGGCUUUUCAAGAAGAAAUGAAAUCAAUAGAUUUUCCAUCCCUGGAAAAUUUGACGAAUAAUAUAACCAAGAAUCAGUUGGAUGCCAUCGACGAUUUGAUCGAUAGUAUGGAUUUAAUGAAUGCGGAAAAGGAUUUACGUGGGGAACCUUGCGAAGCAUUCGAUUUGUCAAAUUUACACGAUUUCAAAGAGCAAUUUUUUCAUUAUUGCGUCAUUCAAAAAGGAUUACAUCCGGAAAAACCUCUGCCGGAAACGGUUCCUCAUCAUAUAAAAAAUUACGUGAGGAUUCCCAAAUCGGUAGAAGAUAAAAUGAAGGGGCCGAUGAAGAAAAUAAAAGAAAAUUUCAAAAUAAUUAAAAUGAAAAGAGCGGAGGAAAAUUUGAAUGGGGAGAAGAAAGAAGGUGCGGAAUCGGAAGGAGGGCGAAAAAACGUCGGACGUCAUCAUUUCAAUUCGGAUGACGUCAGAAGGGAAAAAGAUUCGAUUAGGGGGAAAAUCAUGUCGUUGUUUGCCAAAUCUUUUCCUACGGAUAAUGAAUUGAACGAAUUGUUUCUGGAAAGUUCUGAGGGAACGAUUCCAAAGGAGGAUUCGAAUUUGUCGGAAAUUUUCAAAAAUGUUUAUUUAAACGUACGAAACCAGUACCUGAAUAAAAAUCCUGAUUAUUUCAAUUGGUGGAUACCGAAAUUUAAAAGUUACGCUUUCGCCGCUGGUGGGAUCGUUGAAAAAAUUUGGAAUGAUUUAGUUGCAGGUAAUACGGGUUUGAUAUCGGAGGAAGAAAACAUUAAUUCGAACGUAACGAAAAGUCAAGCAGAAGAUUUUUUACAUUCGCAACCAUCUACUACGAUUUCUUUGAAAUGCGAUGACGAUUCGGAAACCGUCGAUAAGACCCAACACGGAACGUCUCAAUCCGGCAUCGAAAAGGAGAUUUUUAUGGUUUCGCCGUAG